AAGGCCCUCUUUGCGUCCGGAGGAUGGAGGCCCUUCACAUUCAGGAAGUGGAAGUAGAAAGAAACCUGUGUGGAAGGAAGUUCUCAGGAGCACUGCCCACCUGCCAUUGGACUGGAUUAAUUUGCAUCUGAAGAACAACAGGCCUGAAUUUUGGUUUGGCUGAAAACUGGAGCUCAUGUGUUCAGUGUUCUUUGCAUUAUGUCAGCCCAUAGUGUGGGAAAUACUCUAAUGCACAGUAAGAUAACCCAGGCUGACUUUUGUAGCCAAAGUCAUAUUGUAGGAAAUUCUAUAAAAGUUGCUCCAUUCAGAAAAUUGUUUCUGUCUUUUUUCCUUCACUUUCUGCUUGAAACAGAGUUGGACUGUGUAGUGACCAUAACUUUAAGGGCUGCAAGUUAACCCCAAAAGGUGUUGCUAUGGGAUGAUUCUUCAUUUAUGAUAAAAACAGAGACUUUUAGGUUACUUUUUAAGUUGGAAUCUAAGAUCAGCAUUGACUUCAGAAUUCCGUAAUCAUCUUUGAGAGUGUGCUAACAGUGAAUGCUCCCAUACAUACACCUGUGCAGCCUUUGGCCUAAAGUGAUGGAAACCAUGCCUUGAGAGUAGCUACCACAAGCGUAUAGCCAUGACGGAACCCCACCGGGUCCAACUCACCUCUUUAUCAGGCCCACUGAGUACCACUUUACUGAAAAAGCCUCGAUGGGAGGAUGUCACAAAUCCAGAGCAUCCUCAAGAAUCUGAACCUGCAGCUGCAGCGGUACGCAUUGCCCUCUCCCUUUUUGAACCAGAUCAUAAGCGCUGCCCAGAAUUCUUUUACCCAGAACUGCUGAAGAUGACUCGAGGAAAAGGGAAAAGCAGUUCUGCAGGAGAAAAGAAAAAAGACUUUGCUGAUCCCUUCAAUGAUGAAGAAAAGGAGAAGCACAAAGCAGAAGCCCUUACCAGGAAGUUUGAAGAGAAAUAUGGUGGAAAGAAGCGCAGGAAAGACCGUUUUCAGGAUUUGAUUGACAUGGGACAAGGCUAUGAUGAAUCAGAUUCUUUUAUUGAUAAUUCUGAAGCAUAUGAUGAGCUUGUUCCAGCAUCACUAACAACCAAGUAUGGAGGCUUCUACAUCAACUCUGGAACUCUGCAGUUCCGACAGGCUUCAGAGUCUGAGGAUGACUUUAUCAAGGAGAAAAAGAAGAAGUCUCCCAAGAAACGGAAAUUGAAAGAGGGAGGUGAGAAGGUGAAGAAGAAGAAGAAAGAUGACAAUUACGAGAAAGAGAAGAAAUCUAAAAAAUCUAAAUUUCCUAAAACUGGUUUCACAGCCCUGAAUGCCAGCAAAGAGAAGAAGAAGAAGAAAUACUCAGGGGCCCUGAGUGUCAAGGAGAUGCUGAAGAAAUUUCAGAAGGAAAAGGAUGCUAAGAAGCAGAGGGACGAUGAACCCAAGCUUAACAUUCCCUCUCUGGCUGAAACCCCAGCUCAGCGGGAAGCAGAGACUGUGUCCGAUCCUCUCCUCUCUCUCUUUGGCCACACUAGUGACAAUGAACUGCUUCAGGCAGCCACAGCCAUGGACUCCCUGACUGACCUUGACCUGGAACAGCUUCUGAGCGAAUCUCCAGAGGAAAGCCCUUUCCUUGAAAUGGAAAAUGGGAGUGAUCCCCUAGGGGCAGGCCUGGAACCGGACCUCAAGCAGCCUCUCUCCCUUCCUGAUGGACUUCCAGAACCACUGAUGAAGCGCGUUGAGGAGCUCACUCAGGCUGCCAGAGCUGCAGAGAGAGAAGGCAAACACAAGUUCUUCAACCAGGACAUGAAUAGCAUCUUACUGGAUAUAGAGCUGCAAACCCGGGAGCUGAACAGCCAAAUGCGAUCAGUGGUCUAUGAAUAUCUGGCCUCCUUCUUGCCUUGCAACAAAGAUACUCUGGUUAAGCGGGCCCGUCGACUUUACCUGUAUGAACAGGGGGGUCGGCUGAAGGAGCCACUUCAGAAGCUGAAGGAGGCCAUUGGCAGAGCAAUGCCUGAACAGAUGGCCAAAUACCAGGAAGAAUGCCAAGCACACACCCAGGCCAAGUUUGCCAAGAUGCUGGAAGAGGAAAAGGAUAAGGAGCAAAGAGAUCGGAUUUGUUCAGAGGAUGAGGAAGACGAUGAUAAAGGAGGGAAGAGGAUCAUGGGACCCCGGAAGAAGUUUCAGUGGAAUGAUGAAAUCAGGGAUUUGCUCUGCCAAGGUGUGAAGAUCAAACUGGAUGGGUAUGAUCUGGAGAAGAACAAAGCUCAGUCAAUGGAAGAUUAUGUAAAAACAUUCCUAGAUGCCGAAGUUAAACCUCUUUGGCCAAAGGGCUGGAUGCAGGCCAGGACAUUGUUCAAAGAGAGCAGAAGAGUGCACAGUCAUCUCACUUCAGUCCCAACAAAGAAAAAAGUGAUGGCACCUCCAAAGGUGAAGGGAAAGGAUCCUUUGGGUAAACUGGAGAAGAAGAUUUCCCUUCCUGUCCCAUUGAUCCACUCAAGCGGUGCAGUUUCUCUUUCUCCAGAGUCACAGGGAGUUGUCGUUGGCCUCAGCCCUCAAACUAGGGAGCUUUUGGCUAUGAGUUCAACUCCAGUCCCCAGCAGCAUGGCUGCUCCUCCUUUCAGCAUGGAUGAUUCUCUAGAUGAGGACUUGAUCCAUCACACCACUUCAUCUUUGGAAGCUGUCUCCAAGGAAUUGGCUGUGCUAAACAGCCGAACAGGAGGAAGCCCUGACUUCACACUGUCUCCAGCUCUGAAGACACCUCUAGAGAAGCCCUCAACUCAGACAACAUUGGAAGAGAAGAGAAUCUUUCCCAAAUCAAAUCCCUCCCCUGCUCAUUCAGCUGCUGGAGGCUCUCUGCAGUCUCCACUCAACUUCUUGGCUGAACAGGCUUUGGCACUAGGCCAGUCUCCUCAAGACAAAAAAGUUGAGGGCUCUAGUUACAAAGAACUCUCCUGCCAGACUCCCCCUUCCAAACACCUGGAUGCCCACCAGGUCAAGCCGAAGCAUCACAGCCUACCACGUGCACUGCAGGGUCCUCAGACCUCAACCCCAGUGCAGACUCCCCAGGUAAAAGUGUUUCCUCUGGUUACUCAACAGCAGAAAAGCUUCCCUCCUUCCCCUCCUUUUGUCAAGUUACAGAAUCCCAAGAUUGUCUCACCGCUGCCUCAGCGCCCUCUCCUCCAGCCACAAGUCAAGACCCCUGCCAAGGCACCCAGCUUCCACUCUUCUUCCUCUUCAACCAUCUCUCCCAAGACCCCCAGUUCUUCUGUAUCUCUAAGUUACACUGGGAAGCAUCCAAGCAGCUCUAGCUCCUCAGGGCAAUCUUUCAAGUCGCCCUUUGUGGCCCUGUCGAGGCACGUGGCUUCUACCGGAAGUGUAUCAUCCAGCAUUUCCUCAAAUCAGAGUCCCCCUUCAAGCAACAUACUGCCAGGUGCCUCUGUUCCUUCUUCUGGGCAGGCUCCCAGUCGCUCAUCACCCAGUUCCAUGGUGAAGAAGACUCUAGUCCCUCAAAAACUGACUUUGGUAGCUCCGCCUGGGGGUCCAAAUGUCAGCUCAAGUGGAGGAACACAAGGAGUGGCCAAGUUGCUAACAUCUUCCCUGAAGCCUGCUGUAAUUAGCAGCUCCACGUCCUCUACCUCUGGGCCGAAAGGAACCGGUGGAGCAGUACUGCUGACCAGUUCGUCUUCCUUGAAUGUCCUGUCUCCUUCCUACAAGUCCAACAACCCAAAGCUGCCUACUGCACUAAGCUCUACUCCACUGGGGAUUAUAUCACCGAUCCAUUCCUUCCCUCUUCACGUGAUUUCCUACAGCUCUGAAUCUUCCUCCAAGGCUGGGGUGUCAAAGGAUGUGAUAGUCACAGGACCAGCCCCAGGAACAUUCCAUCAUGGUGUUGGCCAUAGGAGACAGUUCAAGCUGCCCCUGCUAGCUCAUUCCUUGAGAACCGCACUUUCAAGUGAUGACGUGACCUGUGUGAAGGGAGCUGUUGCUGGGAUUUUACCCCAUCAAAUGCCCUGCGCCCCUUCAGGUCUUCUGGCUGGAUUGUCCUCCAGCCUCCAUCAGGCAGCGCCUCUCCCACACUCUGCGCCGCCUGCCCAUUUAUCCCACAGUUUGCCAGAUAGUUCUCAGCUACAUGGUAAAGGGUCCAAUGCGCAGCCACGGAAAUUGUGACAGUUCUGAAAAAGAGAACACAACCAACCCUGGAAAAAGCCUGCAAAAUUAAGCAGUGGAGCCCUCCCAUUGCUUACUUGCUAUUCCUUCUUCAGUGGAAUUGAUCUGUAGGUUUCCCCCCAGUUUGGACCAGAUUCUUUCCAUGGGGCUCUGAGCCUUAUGCUGAGAAAGGAAGCACUUAGCAGGCCCGACUCUGGGAGCUGCUCUCACUUCAGUUGCUCCAGGGUCCAGGUCAGGGGGAGGAGAGAAGAGAUGCGCACGGAUCUCUAGACGCCAAGUCCUUGUGUUCCUGCCAGGUGCCUCCUUAAUUCUGCAGGGGAUUCUGUAAAGGCCCUUGUUUCUGCUUGUGGAUAUACUGGCUAAUUUUAAGCUCAGCCGAGAGUGAAUCUGUGGGGUGUGUUUCUCCUCCCUGAUGGCACCUUUAAUAAAGCUUUGCUGAUCCUUCCCCAGAAGAUCUUUCUUUCUCUUGGCAGCUCAGAGGUCCUCUUGGAAGGAAAGCCAAGACUUGAGAGGCCUCAAGAUGCACUCAUGAACCUUGAAUGCAAUUUGGGCUCUUUUUGUUCUGUUUCCCUGCCUCUUUCUUUCCUCUACAGGCUCAGUUCUCCCCUUCUCUCCACUCUGCCACUGAACACAUUGGAUUGGACUAAGCCCUUUUCCCCACGUGUCAUUGUGUAUAACGAAGCUGUAAUUUCAGUGCCUUUUUAUGGUGGAGCAAGAAUGCAAACUAUUCCAAGCUCUUUUUGGUGUGAGCUCUCCAGAGCUUUUUAAUGUUCUCCUUUUUUAAACAUCCUUAUCUGUUAUUUAAGAUGCAUUGGGAUUUAUUUAAUGGAAACUUGGGGGGCGGGGAGGGAGAGGUUGCACAUCAUUAUCCCCGCUUAACUGUGCUUUCUGGUGAGUGCCCAUCGGUACUGGUGAUGGGCAUUUCCCUGAAAGCUGUCGGCUGUCUGCCAAGAGCUCUCUAAGUGUUUUGCAAAUAGAGUCAAGGCGGGAGCUUCCUCCUUUGCUGCAUUGGCCGAAGGCGCAUCACCCAUUUUAUGCAUUCAGUGAUCUGAUGUGGAGGCACCUGGAGUUGCCUGUUUGUGCCUGGAACAGCUGGGAGAGCCUUUCUUACGCUCUGAAUGGGAGAUGCGGAGACUCGAUUUUACUUCAGGACCUAAGUAAUUUCCUGAGUAGAUUCUUUUCCUUCUUUCUUAAGCUGCUUAGUUGCAACCCAUUUUGCCUGGCUGCAGACCCUUUGAAAGCCAACCAGUUGCUCUGGAUUGGUUCUGCUUUGGUGCUGUCCUAAAGGUUUGGGGCAGAUCCUCCUUAUUUUGAUGCAGCAACUGGUCUGGAGGUUAAUUUGAAAUAAAGCUAAUGACCCAGAUUCUUGGCUUGGCUUGUAGCUGUUUGACACUCCAAUGUGCUGCAUGUUCUGGGAAAAAAAUGCCUUAGAAGAGGAGAGGAGUAAGAUGACAGCUCAAACACCAGUUAUCCCGUUUUUAUGGAACAAAAAGCUGCUUGAGUGCUCCGUACAAGGCACGUUAAACUAAUAGCUAGUUGCUAUUCUUCAGCCUGAGUCGCAGUCUUUUCUUGCAAACUCUAAAACUAAACUAAAAGCUUGACAGCCCAAAUUGAGGUCUGUCUGUGGCCAGAAGAAACUAUUUCUCACACCCUCUUCUUCCAUCUUUACCCCAAUUAGCUGAUUCUUCCACUGAAACAGAGAAAGCACUUGAUUCACAAAUUAGUUGAACCCUUUUAAAAAGUCACAGCGAGUUCUAUUUCAUUUGAGAACCCCGCAGCUUAGGAAACAGUUCUUUUCUUGGACGGAAGUUCUUUAGGAUUCUAGGUUAACCUGUGCAGAAUUGUUUAAGUCUUUUGCUUUUGCCUUUUUUUUUUUUUGCAAAAGAUAAUUUUGGCCUUGUUUGCCACAAUCAUUUCUUUUUUUAAAACGUUGCAGCGGAAGAGCCAAAGACUGCAUUUUAAGGUUGCCAGUUUUGAAGCACAGACAUUUUUAAGUACGUGGGUUUUGGGGAGGGGGGGUUCUGUUUUGUCAGAGCUCAGUCCUACUAUAUGUUAGUUACCUCUCAAGAGCUGCUUUAUCAGUCAUAGGAACGAGUGUUUGGCACUUGGCAGAAUUUGGGCCUUGCAUGAGCCAUUUAACCUCCCCCUUUGCUCUUCCCCCGAAAGCUUUGGUUGCUACGUGUAUUGGUGCCAUAGCUGGAGCAGAACCCCUUUGUCUAUUUAAAAAGAAGAAAAAAAAACCUUCACAAAGCCUCUUGCCUCAGGGAAAUGUUACGUGGUGGAAAUUCUGCCCAAUUUCUUCCCCUCCCGCUUCCCUCCCUCCCUCCCCCUUUUCCUUUGUGUUUUAAGAAGUAGAACUUAAAAGCAAGCCAUGGCAGGGCAGGAUCAAAGAGCGGCGGGCGGGUGGUAAGAGGUUGCAAGCAGAGCUGCUCACCAGGGGUGUGUCUACCUUGGCUUUGACUAUUUGGGGAGAUUUUGUUUACGGUGGGCAUCAGCCCCACCCGACAGCACUUAAA